AUGCUCUUAUCCACAAGCCAAACACUGAAUGACAGGAGUGAGCGUGAAAUAGCUGUGGUGGCGAGCUCAGUGUUGAAGGCCCCUGGCUUUAUGCGGCAGGUGGUAGAGGAGGUCUCGCGACAGUUGGCUGUACAGAUUCAGCAAGUCGAUACGAUGGGUGCAACAAAUGUGCCACCGUCUCAAUUACUGCCAUCAGCACUACUUUUAACGGUACGCGAAGCUGUGAGUGCCAUUGCCGGCGCACACGAUGAGGCCUUUUACUGUCAACUGCAGGAGUGUCUUGCAGAGGAGCAACGACAGCGCGCGUCCAACGAGGAACGUUUGUGGAAGCGUGUAGCGGACCAGGAGGAACAAUGGACACGACUCACUGCCAUGGACCGGCAGACCGAAGCCAAAAUGCUUCAAGAACAUCAAAAACUUACUGCAGUUGGGAGAGAAGACGCCAAUUCAUGCAGCGAAAUUCGUAGGGAGUUGCUAAAACUCUGUGGGGAGGUGGUGCGGGCUGUUGAGCGUAUGCCUGAUACAUCUGUGGCACCGCUGCCGAGUGCUGAAAUCGCUGACCGGGAAACUGGGGUGGGUGGGGCUGUGUGUAACGACAAGGUGGAGGUGCGGUUGGAAACCUUGUCAGCCGCCGUCAAUCGUCUCUACUUGGAGGUGGAAUUGCUUCGAAGGAAGUCGCAAGACGAAUUGACUACUCAGGCAGAAUGGUGCAAAAAGACGGAGGGUCGUAUCACAACUCUGCAAGAGAGCAUGGUCGAUGCUCAAGAGGCAGUCUCUAUCGUGGCCCGCAAGUCGCGUGCUGCGGAGAAACGCCUUGAUGCAUCUAAAGCAGAAAAAAGGGAGUUAAUUACAUGGGUAGAACGGCUACAGAGUUUGGAACAACAGAUGGAAGCACUUCCCUCUACUCUAACCACAAUUGCGCCGCCGCCACCACUGCCACCGUCUUCCGAGAAAGAGGCGGCUACGGAGAUGAACUUGAUGUCUGUGGAGGACGCCAUGGUGUGUGUUCAGAGGAUUAUUAUUUCCCGUAGUGCGAAUAUGGCGGCAGCAACAGAUCCGUAUGUAAAGGCAGUGACGGCGUUGUGUGCCACUUUACGACAAGUGAGUCAUUUAUACAACAUUGGCACAGGCACGUUUGGUGGAAGUCUGCGUCUCAUAUUUGCGAUGCCUCCGUUAUCCGUUCCAAGCUCCUUAGCAGAGGUAUGCCAGACUUACCUACGUGAGCACUCUGCGGCAGAGUUGAAGGAAGCCAUAGAGGCUCUUAACCUCACCCAACAAGUGGCAAGAGUUUUGUGUGAUUGCUACUACUGGAUGCAGUCCCACUUCCUUGUGGUGAGUAGUAAGGUUCUGGAGGAAUCUCCGCAGGCGAUGAAUAAUAACACCAUAUCGGGUGAAAGUCAGCCGCUGAAGCGAGCAGAAUCAUUGCCAAGGUCUGAUACGGCGGCUUUACGCCCUAAAAUACAACCUUUUUCUACAGUUAGUGACACAAAGUGCGGGACGGAGAUCUUGUCACGGCCUCAAGAGGCUCCUCUUGAGGAGGGAAGGAUACGCGUCAGUGGUCAUUCAGCCGCGACGCAUGCAGAGCCCCUUAGAACAGCAGAACCCUUAACCUCAGCACGGGUUAGUACCAGCUCUGAGACGAACUCUGAAAAGGCGGAGGAAACUCCCAAGCAGGGAGGUCAGAGCGUUGGUUUGGCGACUCCUACUGUCUUGGAGGCACUGGCGAUAGCAUCUUCCCCGACGAUAGGGGACGCCCAUCGCGGUGUGGUGCACCAUUUUCAUUAUCAUCACAGCUGUGACCAAGAACAAGGACAUCUACUUACAUCACUGCACUAUGGAGGGGACAAAAAAAAGGGGAAAACUUCUCCUAAGGCUCAGGUAUCUCAGCGCUCUAAGUUACGGUUGAAUGCUGAGGAAAGGUGCGAUACACAUGAAACUCGUUGGUGGGACGAUGCACGACGCAGUCAAGCAUCGUAUCAUGAUGUGAGCUGUCCUGCGGAGCAGGUGACUCCAUCGGCUGUUCCUCCUCUGAAUUUCUUCCACAUGGACGCUGAGAAAAGGACAGGCCUUGUGGAGACUCGUACUGCUCAUAAUGGAUACACGUCUAUGGAUUUACCACCAACCCCCUCCACGGUGAAUGAGUGUCUUCUACUGCCUACUGCAGCUUCCUGCUUUAUAGAUCCACAGCAGGUGACACCCGUAGCUGGAGGUGGAUUAUUCUCCUUGAAGAAUCCUCAACCUUUUUAUACCGCUGUGACACGACCAUGGAAACAUUCACAGUCUAAUAUCAAUAAUAGUGACGGUUCUGCACGUGAAAGAGUUGCGCGUUUUACCCCUCAUUUGGCAGGAGAUAAACACGCUAACGGGAUGCAUCAUUCACCCCAUUGUUAUUUAGGUCUACAUCCCAUCGUCGCAAGAUGUUGUGAUGAUGUCCCUGCGAGCGCCUUGACGUCACAUUUGCGCCAAAGUCCGUACGCGUACCGCGGCGAUAAAUUAUUACGAGGGAAACAAACUUUUCAGCGCUGA